AUGGCUUUGAGGCUUUGCUGUGCCUGGAUUCCCAUCCUCCUCCUCCUGCCCGGCCUCUCGGCUGGAGGGAAGCUCCUGGUGGUGCCCAUGGUGGGAAGCCACUGGCUGAGCAUGCAGGAGGUGGUGGAGGAGCUGAGCCAGAGAGGGCAUGAGGUGGUGGUGCUGGUUCCUGAGGUGACCUGGCAGUUAGAGACGACGCAGAACUACAAGGUGGUCACAUACCCAGUGAGUCAGCCCCUGGAAGAGCUGGAUAAUGCCUUCCGGGAAAACGUCGUUGUGACCAUGACAGAGAAGCCUUUCCCCCUCAAUGCGCUGGCGAUCUACAGAGCCACAGUGCACACUUUCAACACCUUCUUUGGGCAGUGCAAGGACUUGUUCCGCAGCCAGGAGACCCUGAGGUUCCUCAACCAAAGCGGCUUUGAUGCCAUCCUGACAGAUCCUGCCUUCAUGUGUGGGACCAUCCUCGCCCACCAUCUCUCCCUUCCUUUUGUGUUCUUAAUGCGGGGAUUCCCUUGCAACCUGCACUUUUCAGCCCCACAGAGCCCAAGCCCUCUGUCCUACAUCCCGAGACUCUUCAGCUUCAACUCGGACCGCAUGACUUUUUUCCAGCGAGUGGAAAACGCCCUGAUUUCCCUCCUGGAACUUGACUAUUGCAAUGGUCUCUAUGCAGAAGCACUUAAACUUUCCUCAGAAGUUCUGCAGAGAGAUGUGUCCCUCACAGACCUUGUGAACUCCGCUGCUGUUUGGCUCAUGAGGUUUGACUUUGUGUUUGAGUACCCCAGGCCAGUGAUGCCCAACAUGGUCUUUGUUGGGGGGAUCAACUGUGCUAAGAAGAAACCACUGCCUAAGCCAUGGGCCCCCGGGCUCGCCUGUACCCAGCAGCCGCGGCGCCACGGGCCCCUGGACUCGCCUCCACCCGGCAGCCCCGGCUCCAUCUCCACCCGGCUCCCACGGCCCUCCCGGGUUCCCCCUGCGGCUCACGGCUCACAGUUCCGGCCGGAGGGGAAGGCGAGGGAGCUACGUGUCUGCAUCCCACCGCCACUGCGGGAGCAGGCGGGGGGCUCCGUACCUGCCUGCAACUGGUGCCGCAGGAGCGGGUCAGGGGCUCCGUCCUGCCUGCCACAGGAGCGGGCUUAUGAAGAGCCCUCAAAACCUGAUAAGCAAGGCAAAGAAUAA